UGACGCUGCUAGGAGGAAGAGCUCGAAGAAAGCAACAGAAGGUUAGAAGAAGACAUGGCUGAACUGUCACUGUACCUUACAAAUGUAAACGUGUCUCUGGGACAAGGCAUGGACGCAGAGAAGAGUUCUACAGUGGUGAAGGAGUUUGAAAGUGUUGAACUCGAAGAUCUGGGUAAAAAGAAGGCAAAGAUUCCUCGUAGAACGAUAUACUUUGCGUCUGGUGAAACCAUGGAAGAGUACAGUACAGACGAAGAGGAGGAAGAAGAACCAGAGAAAGCCAGAACUUUAAGUACAGUGGAUACAUCGAAGUUGACCUGGGGUCCAUACGUCUGGUUCCAAAUGUGGAGAGUGGCUACCUCAACCAUCUCAGUUUGUGACUAUCUUGGAGAGAAAAUGGCAUCACUGCUGGGAAUCACGACACCCAAAUAUCAGUAUGCAAUUGAUGAGUACUACAGGAUGAAGAAAGAGGAGGAGGAAGAAGAGGAGGAGAACCGUCUCUCUGAGGAGGCAGAACGUCGUUUUGAGGAGCAGCACAGUCAGGAGGGCCAGCAGCCAAAGACCGAGCAACCAGAAGGAACUGCUUCUUUUGUGAAUGUGACCUUUGAACUGGAGCAGGAAUCACAUGCUAUACCUGAUGCAAAUAAAGUGCCUGCGCCCAUUCCCUCCUAAAAUACUGUUCAGCUGAUUGAGCCUAUUUGAUGGUUUUUACCAUAUUAAACUUAGGCAUGAGGUGUGUUAGGUUCCUUUUUUAGAGGGGAAAGUUUAUCUUACAUGAAGUUGAACAAGAAGGUAACAUGAAUGUAACAUAUGCAUAGCUGACAAUGUUUUCGCUUAGAAUGUAGAACUGUUUUAAUAAUCAUUUUAUACAGCCAUACAUAAAACUAAAGAAUAAAAAUAUUGAAAAAGGUUAUUGCAAAAUCUGAAUCCUGGCUUUUUUCCUCAGGAUUCUGAGUUUAUAUAUCACAAUUUUGACCUUAUUUGGAAUUCUAAUCUUGCAGUUGUUUUUUAGUUUUUAGACACUUGACCUGAAUUUUAAGAAAAGAAAAAACUCACAAUUAAAAUAUGAACUCGCAAUUUUGA